GGAAAAUAGUGUUUGAUUAAAAUAAAUUAUAAUAAUUUAUUGUGUUAUGAUAGUGGUGUUAAAUUAAUUUGUUAAAAAUUUCGAUUUAAAAUAUCAACUAGAACAAUGAAUAACUGUUGGCUAAAACAGUUAAUUUAUUUAUGGACAAUAAUAAUAAUUGCUUUGAUAUCAGAAUGUAGAAGCGAGGGAAUAACAUGUUUUAAAUGUACUGUUGCUCCAGUAUAUAUUGAGAAUAAAAAAACUAGUCAAAUAUGUAAUCACUUUGAUGGAAGUGAAAAAUUUCAAGUUGAUUGUCCACAGUCAACAUUGUGUAUGAAGAGAACAAUUCAUCAUCGAUUACGAAACGGAACAAUAAUUAAUACAAGUGUAGAGCGAGGUUGUACUCCCCAACUUGAUCGUUUUCAAGCUUACGAUUUUGAUAAAAGAAAAUGGAAUGUUAAAGAGAGAAUUGUACAAACAGCCUACAAAGAAGGUUGUAUUACUGGUGAAGAUCGUGGAUCACCAGGUGGACCACCAGAAUAUUGUUUUUGUUCUGGUGAUUUAUGCAAUUCAAGCAUUUCAUUAAAUAAAAAUAUGCUAUCUUUCAUAACAAUUGGUUUGAUAAUUCAAUUAAUAUCUUGAUAAUAUUAAAUCAAUAAUUUAUAAUGAAUAUUUUUUUUUUGCAUGGACUGAUAUUAUUUUUUUUUUGUUCAUACUAUGAUUAUUGAAUUGUGCUGUGAGUGUUAAUGACAAUAAGGUACUCAAUGUAAUUUUUAAGAUGUAUAAUUAUGAUAAGAAUAAAAUU